AUGGCUUUACUCGACAUUUUAAAGAAGUCUAAAUCUUCUAACUGCAAAAUAAAAAAUGGAGCAAACGUUGUUUAUCAUCAUACACAUUCGCAUUCCGGUUUACUAUCAGGUAAUAAUGUCAAAUUAUUUUAUAUAAAACUGGAUGAACCACAUAGACUUUGGAAACCAAAUGAAUAUAUUAAGGGAGAAGUAAUACUAGACAUAAAGAAAGAUCUUACAAAUAUCGCUUUGAGAUUCUCUUUAAUUUCUGAAAUAAAAGUUAAAUUGAAAAGUACAGGUCCAACAACAAAUAAAAAAAUAGAAAAAUUGGUUGAAAAAUCAUCAUUCUUAUAUGGCUCUGAAGGUAUUCAACAAGAAACUAAUAAUAAUGCUAUCCCUCAUGCUGAUCCAAUCAAUGGCUUAACGAAAGGAGAACAUCGUUUCCCAUUCCGAAUAAAAAUACCAAAUGGUAAACAUAUAUUUAGUUCAAUAAAAUUCGAAAAGGGCUCCAUUGAUUAUUAUUUACAAUGUUCACUGGAAUCAUUGGGUAUAAACCAACACGAAAAACCCAUAUCCAGAUGUGAACAAGGCUUCUCAGUCUUGGUACCUCUAGAUGUCACCAAUUUACCUGAUAUUAAAACGAAAACUGUAGUUUUACAAUCUUAUUCAAUGCUUUCACAUCGUAAUGGUUCUCAAUCAAAUAAACUGUUGACACCAGAAGAUGCCUCUUCAUCAUUCACCAAAUUUACAAACCAUUCUACUAAUUCGAAGAGUUCUAAAAGUUCAAGUAGUUCUAAAGUAUCAAAGAGCUCUAAAGAAUUGAGUCUGAAAACAAAUGAACAGCAAUCGCAUCUUAAUCCUAACAAGAUUGACAAAACGGUGCAAAUUUCUGUUGACAUUGGAAAAUCAGGGUAUAUCUUGGGCGAUUUGAUCCCAAUUCAUAUCGCCAUACAGCAUUAUAAAGAAUGCCAUCAUUCUGCUGGUCUAAUACUAACUUUGGUAAGAAUCUGUAGAAUUGGUAAUCAAAAUACUUCCAUGGAAACUUUCAGGAAAGAUAUUUGUCAAAAUAUUGCUCCAUUAUAUAUUGAUCCUGAAACUUUACAAUCAAAUUCGACACUUUAUUUGAAAGUUCCACUGGACACCCUUUCUACUUUUACAUCUUUUAAUAAAUUCUUCUCAUUUCAAUAUUACGUAGAAGUUAUGGUUAAUUUAUCAAGGAAAAAUAUGGUUUAUACAGAAUCAAAUAGGAUAAUUGGUAGCGGUGCUGAUGACGAUGAUGACAGUAAUGGGUUUAUAUUUAAUGGCAAUAAUAAUAAUAACGAUAACAAUAAUGCUUCUACUUCAAACGGUAAUAAUAAUAAUGGCAAUACUAUUCGUAAUAAAGUUACUCAAGGAGUGGAAAAUAAUAUUAAUCAUAUUCAAAAGAAAGUUCUCAAGAUUGUAACCCAAACGGAGAAUGGCAAAAAUAAUGGAAGUGAUAAUAUUUUAAAUAAUCAGAACGAUAUUGAAUCUAAUAUCAUCUAUAAAGAUAUGGUAAAUGUCGAAAAAUUGAAAAGACUUCGAAAUGUGACAGGCAUGUCCAUAGAGAUUGUUGUAGGUACAACUAAACAACCAACUCAAAAUAUAACCACCCAGUCUACAGAAGCUUCAAAUCUACAGACCAGUACUCGUAAUGAAUAUAGUAGUGAAACAAAUGACCUUUCAGAGUCUAUAGUAUGUCACUGUCAUCACUCAAUAAAUGGAACGCAAAUUCCCGACUGGGAUGUCAAUGAAUGGUUAACGUCACCUAUGAUUGAUAAUCCGGCCCCUGAAUAUACUCCAAAGGAAGGCACAAAUGAAGCCAACUUAGAAGACAAACAAGAACUGGAGAGAUUAAGACUUCAAGAAUUAGAAAGCCAACCUGAUGACUAUUGA